AUGCAUCCGAGCGAAGUAAGGGUGUAUCUAGUACCAGCAGAAGAAUCAUCUCGCAACUACGACAGUUGGAUAUGCGGAGGUGCUAUUAUUCAUCCUUUCUUGGUGCUAACUUCGGCUGCCUGUAUAGAAGAUGUGGAGAAGGCUUACGUGAUAGCUGGCUAUCAUAAAUACGUCAAGCUAUCAGAUUUAGAUAAAAAUGAAUGCACUAAAAACAUGAAAAGAAAGAUUGUUGAUACUUAUGUACCUUUAUCGUACGAACUGGACUACAGUAAUAUAGAGAAGUGGUCCGCACUCGACAUAGCUGUGGUGAAAGUUGACAAACAGUAUCGCUUCGACGAUCAAAAUUUUACAAAAUACUGCUCUUAUCCACCUAAUAAAAUCGAUGUCAAUUUUGACAAGCAGAAUGAGAAACCUGGCACUCAAGCGAUUGUUCUGGGAUGGGGGCAUACAAGCAAAUGGCGAAUGGAAGAGGAUGAAAGAGACCAUAACGUUAAGGAACUUCUCUAUGGCCCAACAAUUAUAUAUCCAAAAAAUGAGUGCAAAAAGUAUUACAUAAAACCUAAUUUAUCUAAUAUCAUUGACAAAUAUAUGAUCUGUACCGAUGACUACGGUCUACUGUAUGAUUCUGGGGCUACUGAUUUAACUCACCAAUAUGUCCCUGAAUUAGAACAAAUGAAAUUGGAAUAUUUUACAGACUAUGAUGUGAAUUCUGAUGAUGCAAUCAUAGAUAACGUUAGUAAAACUAACCCUGAUGCAGAAAUUUUAGGAAGUAAACCAGGAAUAUGUCAGAAUGAUCACGGCGGUCCCUUGAUUUCCUGGAUAAACGGAACAGAAACAGUGCUUGGGGUAGCAUCCGUGUUUAGAGUAAACCAAAACUUAGAGUGUGUCCCGCCCUUUCUCUUCACGAGUACUUACCGCAAUAAGGAUUUAGUUAAGUGUCUUUUAAAUGACAAAGUCGACCCUAAUGGAUGUCUACAGUCACAAAAUGAAGAAAAUAAUAAAAUAUUAAGUCGUCGUAUGUACUGGAAUGAACAGCCCAAUUCGUCCCUGCGUUACCGCUACCGGCACCGCUCUGUGUCAUGGCAAUUGGCAAUGCCAAUAUGCGACCAAUGCGAUGCCAAUUUGGCAUCGCAUUGGUCGCGCAUACGUUUGUUUCCUCCACGCCACGCGCCGCGCGCCGCUACAGUGAUUCGCUCGGCAAGAAUCCCUCGCGUUGCCGCCGAGUGCGGUGUUUCGUGGCGUGAUUCAACAUUU